AUGUCUGAUUUACAUAAAUCAUUUUUGAAAAGAGUUAAACAGAAAGAAGCAAGUUUAGGACUUUCACUGUUAUCGGAAGAACCAAGCAAUACAAAUUUACUGGAAAUAAGUAAUAGUAAUAAGGAAGAUGAUAUUCUAGAUCAAGAAAUACUAAAUAAAUAUCAAAAAGCUAGAUCAAGUUUUGAGACUUCAACUUAUGGAGAUACAAAUAAAUUUUUUAAAUGCUAUUAUAAACCUGCAAAAGAUCAGGGUCCAGUAUUGGUAUGUCUACAUGGAGCUGGAUCUUCAUCGAUGACAUUUGCUGAAUUAAGUAAAAAUAUAGAUUUUGGUAUUUUCUUAUUUGAUAUGAGAGGGCAUGGUGAAUCAUUUUACGAUGGUGAUUAUUCAUUAAAUACUUUAGUUGAAGAUGUACAUUUCAUAUUACAAGAGUUUACUAAAAAACAUAAUCCUUCUUCAUUAUUUUUGCUAGGUCAUUCUUUAGGAGGAGCCGUUUUUGCAGAUUAUGUCAAAAAGUAUCCGAAUAGAAUAAUUCAAGGAUUGAUUUUACUAGAUAUAGUCGAAGAAACAGCAGUAUCAUCACUUGUUGUUAUGCCUCAGUUCAUAGAGAAAAUACCGAAAACAUUUCCAUCAUUAUCAGCUGCUAUACAAUGGCAUAUGAAUUUUUUAUUAUUUAAUGAAACUUCUGCGGAAAUAAGUGUACCAGAUUUGUUAAACCUAAAGGACCUUUCUUGGAAAACUGACUUGAAAAAUACUCAAAAUUAUUGGAAUACUUGGUUUCAUGGUUUAUCCAAGAAUUUUCUAGAUUUUAAAGGAGCAAAAUUAUUAAUAUUAUCCGCUCAUGAAACCUUAGAUAAAGAAUUGAUAAUUGGUCAAAUGCAAGGUAAAUAUCAGUUGGUCGUUUUUAACAACAAUCAAAAAAGUGGUCAUUUUGUUCAUGAAGAUUUACCAAAACAAGUUGCUAUAUGUAUAAAUGAUUUCAUUAAAAAGACAAUUGCUCCUGAAAAAUAUAUGAAAGAGGAUCUAGGAUUUAAACCCAAAUGGGGUGGUAAAAUUAAUUCAUAA